ACAAGCAUUUUCAAAAUUCAUUCAAGAGUGUAAUUUGAUCGAGGUAACACCUACGAUCAAUUAGAAAAAUGAAAAGUUUAAAAUUACUUUUAGUAACGCUAACUAUACUUAUAGGAGAAUUCAAACCUGGUUACAGCGAUUUGCCAUGCCGAGCGCGCGACGUUGGUAUAGACGGCAGGUCAAUAGUAUGCGUUUGCGACGCAAACUACUGUGAUACCAUCACCAAAGAAACACCAGCUAGAGGGAGUUUUGUAGCUUACACGAGCACUAAUGCUGGAAAAAGGUUCGAGAAAAGCUACGGAGCGGUAAACGGUUUUGGUGCAACCGAAGAUGAUGACAUCAUUGUUGAAGAAAAUAAGGCAUGUAUAAGAAAGAAUGUGGUACUCCGCGUCCUGACGUCAUCUAAGAAGCAAACACUCGAGGGAUUCGGAGGCUCUGUCACGGACGCCGCCGGCAUCAACUGGCGUAAGCUAUCCACGAAGGCGCAGAAGCAACUCAUGAGUACAUACUUCGGUCCAGAGGGCUUAGAGUACAAUUUAAUUCGAGUGCCAAUAGCUGGCGCUGACUUCUCUACACACCCAUACACCUACAACGAGCUGCCCUGGAACGACGCUGCACUUACAAACUACUCCCUCAGUCGGGAGGACUUUGAUUAUAAGAUACCUAUGAUAGAAAUGGCAAAGGCGAUGGCAACGGAUGAAAUCAAAAUAACAGCGACGGCGUGGUCUUCGCCUAUCUGGAUGAAGACAAAUGAAGCUAUCACCGGCUUUGGACAAAUUAAGCCUGAAUUUUAUCAGUCUUAUGCCGAUUAUCAUCUACGUUUCCUUGAAGAGUAUGAAAAAUACAACAUAAAGAUCUGGGCCAUCACCACCACCAACGAGCCUAUCAACGGCGUAGUGCCAACUGUCAAUUUCAACUCUUUGGGCUGGUUCCCCAGACAACUCGGGCGGUGGGUAGCGAAUAAUCUCGGACCAAGCGUAAGGAAUUCUCGCUUCAAUGAAACUCUAAUCUUAGCUGUCGAUGACCAGCGAUACAUCAUACCAAUCUGGUUGAGAGGUAUGGAGAAAGAAGAUCCUAAGUCAAUCGAGUACAUCGACGGUAUCGCCAUACAUUACUACGGUAACUUCAUGCCGGCAAGCGUACUUACAAGGAUCCAGAAGAGGUAUCCUGGCAAGAUCCUACUCUCGACUGAAGCUUGUGAAGGUCCUAUGCCGUGGGAUAAGCACAAGGUGGAGAUCGGGUCAUGGGAUCGCGCUGUAAAAUACACACGCAGUAUUCUGGAGGAUUUGAACAACUACGUUGUUGGCUGGAUAGAUUGGAACUUAUGUUUAGAUGAGCACGGAGGUCCGAACUGGGCGCACAACUACGUCGAUGCUCCCAUACUUGUUUUCGGUGAAAAUGACGAGUUUGUCAAACAGCCCAUGUACUACGCAUUGGGACACUUCUCUAAGUUCAUCCCGAGGGGAUCGCAAGUGGUAGAAGUAUCGCGGAUGAGUUCUGCCACCGUUCAGAAUAUUGCUGUUGUCACGCCGGAGGGGAAUUUAGUACUUGUUCUGCAGAAUACGAAUGAUUAUGAAACAAAUGUUCGGAUCAGAAUUAGUGCUACAAGAUAUAUUGAUGUUUUACUCGAGCCUGAAUCCAUUAAGACUAUUGAAAUAAAUCCCAAUAACUAAAUGAUAAUGUAUGUGAUGUGAAUGUUUUGUAUGAUCCAAGAAUGUUUGUAUUGAAUUUAUUUAAUAAAAGUGAA